GUUAUUUUUCAUACGGCGGUCUAACCAAACUUUUGCCCCUUUGCCGGGGCAACAGGAAAGUCUCACGUAAACAAAGAAAAACAGCUGUGUUUGAAGUAAUUUUGUGAUGACCGCAGCGCCUGAACAACUUUUAUCAAGUUACAUGAUGGCCGCAUUUUCUAGCGCUCAGUUUGUUACUGGGCUCGGUCUAGGUGUCGUUCUAGGAGUGUACCUCAUGUCUCGCAAAGCGACUAAACGUGCUUCCAAACAGGAGGAUAACGAAGAUUCAUCGGAUUACACUGAUGAUUCCUCAGAUGACGAGGGAAACGACAAAGUCGGUGCCGACAUGAAACUCAUAUUAGUAGUUCGCAAUGAUCUUAAGAUGGGGAAAGGAAAAGCAGCUGCUCAGUGUGCUCAUGCAGCAGUUAGCGCAUAUGAGCAAGCAAGGACCAGGAGACCGAAGACCCUGAAAGCAUGGCAGAGGAAUGGACAGCCCAAAAUUGUCGUCAAGUGCGAUAGUGAGGAGGAAUUACUGGAGCUUGCCAAGCGCUCUAAGGAAAUGCAUCUCAUUACAAGUGUCAUCAAGGAUGCAGGACGUACUCAAAUAUCUCCUGGAUCUCGCACUGUUUUGGGAGUUGGACCAGCAACAGCAAAAGAUAUUAAUGAAGUUACAGGGCAUCUAAAACUCUACUAGCCCCUUACUUUUUUUUUUCGUCAAACAUGCAUUUAUUAGAUAUUAUUUUUUAUAAUUUUUUAAAAGUAUGGUGUUGUAAUGAAUUCUGAACCUCAUUAAAAUUUCUGACAGUUCAAUUGUAUAUAACAGGCUUGGCAAAGAAUACUUUUAUUAAAUAAAAGCAAAAAUUUAACAAA